UAUGAGAAAAAUAAUUUAUCAAGAUUGAUCUUUUUAAUAUUAAUUUUUUAAUGAUGUCUGCUCUCUUUUUAUUAAUAUGCAUCGUCCUUCUUAGCAAUACCAUUUGUUUACGUAGGUUUUGUGUGUAAAGGUGAAAAAACACGAAAUAUUUUUCUUAUUCGUCUUUUUUUCUGGAUGCAAAAAAAAAAUGUAAUUAUAACAAGAUUUUGUGUGUAUAGAUAAGAAGAAUAAGAAAAAUCAGAGUGAAUAAUUUCUCAUUCUGUCACCAAUAUACACGAAUAAAAUAUUUUUUUUAUCACCAAACUUUUUAAAUAUUAAAUUAUGAGCAAAACAGAAUAGUUUCGGUCACUACACAUUUUUGAUACAAAUAAUCGCCUAAAAAAAGACGCUUUUAAUCAACAGAUUUUUAUACAAAUAUGUUGUUUCAUCGUCUAAUACUCAAAUAUCAUCUUCAAUGUGAUUAGAUAUCUAUAUUUCUCGUCGUUAAAUACAUUUAAUGAUAUUUUCAUGUGAUAACAACCUUGCUGAUAGAUUGUCUCAUUAGAUUGAUGCUCUUCUUCGAUUGGACUGAAAAUCUACUCUUAUAAAUAUUCAGUUCGUUUAUUAUGACACGUGUUGAAGUAUUAGAUGCACAAAAAAAAAGAAAAGAACAUCCCAAGAAAUUUAUUAUCUGUUUAUCAUUUCAAUCAUCAUUUUUUUUCGGAGAAAUAAAUAUAUUAGAUGGUUAUGAAAAAUCUGGCGAUCAAAAAUAUCUCUUUUUGAAUGACUAUUUCUAUCUAAACUAUACUUCUAUUGGUCAUUAUUUGUAUUCUAAAUUGUGUGAUGAUCAGAAUAAUUGUCGCACGGUGUAACUGUUCUUCUUCAAUGUACUUCGAUGUUUUCGUAAUAAAAUAAGAAGAAAACAAAUGAAGAGAUUCUCUUGUUGAUGUUUAAGUAGAAUUGAUUAAAUAAUUCACUUGGUAAAUCUUUUCUCAAUCGAAUAUUUCAUUUUUCUAAUAAAUUCUUUCUCAAAUUAAAAAAAUAUUGGAGAAAAAUUUUUCUUCAGAUUUGUUUUUUGAUACUCAAAAAGAAAAGAAAUUAUACUUUGAAAUAAAAAUCAAGUUUGAAACAAGUGAAAUGCAUCAUCGACAACGUAAAAUAUUCAUAGUCAGUGUGUUGUUUCGUUUUUGUUUUUUUCUUAGGACGUUAAUUACGUAGGCAAAAAAAUAUACUUUUUUAUACGAUUGACAUGAAAGCAAUGAAAAUAUCUGACUAGCCCGUUUCGUACUGCUCUGUGCUAUGAAUAAUUGUAACUCGCAGUAUUUACUCUUCAAUCUUAAUAUCAUUGAUAAAAGAUUUUUCUAAUGAAAACAACUUUUUAUUGGACAAUUCAAAGAAAAAUGUAAGUUAAACAAAAAUUUUCUCAUUUGACGCAUAGAGAAAUGAGAUAAAUCUCGAUUAAAUUCGUUAUUAAUGAUAUCAAAGAGAUUUGUUUUGAUAAAAAGAAACGUUUUCUCUUUGAGAAUAAUUCAACAGUCUUAGUUUAAAAGAGAUGCUGAAUAACUCUUUCUUAAAUAAAAUCUACAUUAGAAAAAUUUAUCGAAGAUUCGACUUUAGCAUUUUUUUAUAGACAGAUGAAAAGACUCUUUUUCCAUUAAAAAAUUGCAAUGCAAUAUCUUCUGUCAGUUGAGAUUUUUUUAAAUAAAUAUUUGUUUUACAGAGCUUUCUCUCUGCAAAAAUAUUCCAGUCCACAAAAAUUCAUUUCAAAGAAAAAAAGAUGUCUUUUAUAUUAUACAAACGGUAACUCAGAGAGAAAAAAACAAAGACACGAAGAUCGAUAAUAUAUAUAUAUUCUCUCUUUGUAUGAAGGUAGCUUUAGGCAAAGAAGACGCGACACGAACGCAUGUAACGUUUGUAUAUAAAGUAAAAAUUUUUUCGUUCUGUUUUCAUCUAAUUAGACUACUCAUAUGUAUUAACAAAAAUAAAAAUGUUCAGUUUGCGAGAUUGAAUUAUUAAAAAAAUACUAAUCAGAAUCAAAAGAUUAUCUAGUUUUAACAUCAAACUUGCUUUUUGCAUCUAAUGAGAUUAAUACUGGACAAUACAAAUCAGAUAAAAAUAUAAAGCGAAUGCAUACCUAUAUAUAUGUGUGUAUUAUUUUAAUAAUUUCUAAGAAAUAAAUAUAUCUCUUAUAAAAUCAAUUGAAAGCAAAGGCUAACACACAAAAUAUGAAAAAAUUGAUUUUCGAAUACGAAACAGUGUCAAAGAAUUACAUGCUAUUUCAGGGAGCGACUAUUUUGAAAUAGUCAGAUCAGUGUUUAAUUUCUGAAUGACUACGCUCUUUGUUCUCAGUUAAUUUUUAUUGUAAAUAAAUACUAUUUAUCUAUGUUAAUAAUUUAUAUGAAUAUAUUUUUGAAGUUGAGAACUAUUUUUCUCAUAUGAUGAGGAAUUUGAAUUUGCGACAAAACCGCUCUGAAUGAUGAAUUCUAAGGGUUUACGAAAGUUUUUUUUGUUAUAAAUUUUUUUUUACCAAAAAAUAAUAAGAAAUAACUAGCACCAGGAUAGAGUGGGCAUAGCACCGAGUGAGGGGUGUCACGAAAUACUGAUCAAUGGGUAGUAAGCUAAAAAUAGUUUCCUUACGGAGUUUUAUGCAAAACUGUUAUUUUUUUGUAAAAAAAAGUAGUCUAUUAACUUUUCCUCAAUUUGCACGAAAGUGUCUAUACACGGAACCUUCGAGCGUGUAAAUGUUAAUCAAUCCAAAGAAGAUCGCAUCAUCUUCUUUGAUGAUUACGUAAUAAAAGAAAAAGAAAACGAAUAUAAAACUCCAUUAAUUCUUAUGAACAGAUAGAGAACGAAAAAAAAGAUUGUCCUUGAUAUAUAUAUCUAGAGAAAAAAUAGAAGAACAGAAAAAAUGUGCACAUAAAGGUGAUGAAAAAAAAAUAUACAUGUGACUACACAACGAGAGAGAGAGAAGGACAAAGAUAUUAAAUUGUUUUCUAACAUACAAGAUUUAAGAAAAGUUUGCUGGAAAAUUCUUGAUGAAUAUACCGAAUUUGAAUAUCUUCGACAAAAUUAUCAGUUUACGUAGAUUGAAGUAAAACAAUUCGUCUUUCUUUAAAAAAUGCAAUCAAUUCCAAGUUUUUCUUUGAGUUAUUUCUUAUGUUCAGACAGAACUUACCGAAUUAUACACAAAUAUCUAUUCGAACAAAGUUUAUAGAAAACUACACGAAGAGAUUGCAAUAGUUAAAGAAAACAAAACGAUACAUGAACUUACACUAAUAUAUCCCUAAUCUGCAUCUGCGUUCAUAGUUUUUCAUAAUCAUAUCAAAUAUCCUUUGGAUUUGUCUAAAGUUGACAUGUUUCCUUAGAAUUUCAAGAUUGAUAAACUUCAAUAAAAAUAGGAAAAAUAGACGAAAAAACUUCUCGGAUAUUCUCGUUGACAGAAUUAAGUCUAUUACAGUUGUUAAUUCAUAACAAUUUUCUGUUGAUUUAUGUUUAUUAGAAAUCAUAUUGGAAUCUCUGAAAUUUUAUUCUACGGAGUAUUUAGACUUGUCUACGUAAUGCGACUCUUUGCUGAUUAAGUUUUGUGAAAGGUUAUUUUUAAGCUGAGCUAAUUUACAUUUUUUAAUAAAGAAUAUUUUGAAAAAAAUGUCUUGAUAUUGAAAAAUCUAAUCGAUUGUAAUAAUUCUAUUAUGAAAUGAAAAACAAUCGAAGAAAAUAUUAGACACUUUUAUUGUUCAUAUUUUAGUUAUUCAUAAAAAUAAACAGUCCGGCAAAACCCAACCCUUCACUUCCACGUAGUGUCGGAUGGAAACGUCAUCAUGUGACGGCGAAGAUGGGCUCUGGUAAGGACCUCAGGGCUAGUCACCCUAGGUUCCUCUCUCACUGACUCUGAAAAUAACAAUAGUUAUCGCCUGUAAACCACGCUUGUUUGCAGUCGACUGAUGAUGAUGAUAAAAAUAAACUAUGUCAAUAUUCAUACCUUCAAUAGAAAUAAACUCAUCCGAUCUUGAGAAUUUUAUUUAGUUUGCAUUUAAAAAUGAGAAGAUUCUUAAAGAAUUUGGUGUAAUUAAAAUUACAUUAAAUUCUCAAUGUCAAUUGGCUUUGAAGAAAAGUCAAAUUUUAUGUAUAUGUUCAACUACACAAAUAAUACCAAAAAUUAGUAAAGAUCAAUCGAUUUAUUCAGUUGAAAAAAAAAAUACCAAAAAAUAUGUUCAACAGCAAUUUUCAAUUACAGAUGAACAAACAUUUUGGUCCUUUCUGAAAGAUUCCCAAAAUAAAUUGGCUCACUCAAGUAUUUCCCGAAUAAAAAAUCAAACAUUAUUCUAUAAAAAAUUCUCAAAAGACACAUUUUCAAUUCAUUCAAUUCCAAAACAAUCAUUACUUCAAUUAGGUGGAAACAAAGUUCUUGAUCAUAUUGUAUCAUCUCUAACAAGAUCAAAUGGACCAGGUGGAAUUUAUCCUCUAUCAAAUAAUGAACACGAAUUAUUUUCUCUCACAUAUCAUCAUCAAGGUGGACCUCUUCAUUGGCUAAUUAUUCCUGUAUAUCAACGAGAACAUCUUAGAAGAAUUAUUAAUGAAGAAAAUCCUUUAAUUUGUCUUGAACAUGGGCGAUUAUUAAUUGACCCAUUAUUCCUUGAUGAACAUCAUAAAUUAAUUCAAUAUCCAAAUCAAUUUGUUAUUUUAUCAACUAGAGUUUUAUCUCAAAGUUUUACAGAAGAUUCAAGUUGA